CGGCGGCGCGAGCGAGUGAUCGAGCGGACGGACGGACGGUUUAAACUUGUGCGGCGGGUGGCGGCGCGAUGGACGUGGGGGAGGCGGCAGCGGCCGGAGCCGCCGGGCAACAGCUCAAGGACGAGCUCGCCGAGAAAUGCCAGAAGCUCUUCCAGGAUUUCCUAGAGGAAUUCCAAAAUAGUGAUGGAGAAGUUAAAUAUUUACAUGAUGCAGAGGAGCUGAUCCGCCCUGAAAGGAAUACGCUCGCUGUAAGCUUUGUAGAUCUGGAGCUAUAUAACCAACAGCUGGCCACAACCAUUCAGGAGGAAUUUUAUAGAGUUUACCCACAUUUAUGCCGUGCUGUUCGAAAUUUUGCUCGAGACCAUGGAAACAUUCCACAAAACAAAGAGUUUUACGUGGCAAUUCAAGAUUUGCCAGCCAGACACAAAAUACGAGAAUUGACAUCAGCCAGGAUUGGAACCCUGCUGCGCAUCAGUGGCCAAGUUGUCCGGACCCAUCCUGUUCACCCAGAAUUGGUCAGUGGAACGUUCAUGUGCCUCGAUUGUCAGACAUUGGUUAAGGAUGUCGAGCAACAGUUCAAGUACACACAGCCUAAUAUCUGCAGAAAUCCAGUGUGUGCCAACAGGAGGAGAUUUAUGUUGGAUACUAAUAAGUCACGAUUUGUUGAUUUUCAAAAGGUUCGUAUUCAAGAAACGCAGGCUGAACUACCCCGUGGUAGCAUACCACGUAGUGUGGAGGUUAUCUUGCGUGCAGAGACCGUGGAAUCUGCACAAGCUGGUGACAGAUGUGACUUCACAGGGAUGCUUAUUGUGGUCCCUGAUGUAUCUCAGCUGACUACACCAGGUGUCCGUGCUGAAACAGGCUCUCGAGUCAGCAGUGCUGCUGGGUAUGAAACUGAAGGAGUUAGAGGUCUUCGUGCUUUAGGUGUACGUGACCUGUCUUACAAACUGGCUUUCCUGGCAUGUUCUCUGGCACAAACAAAUCCACGGUUUGGUGGUAAAGAAUUGAGAGAAGAAGAACAGACUGCAGAAAGUAUUAAAAAUCAGAUGACUGUUCAAGAAUGGGAGAAGGUGUUUGAAAUGAGCCAGGAUAAGAACUUGUAUCACAAUCUCUGUACAAGCCUCUUCCCCACCAUUUAUGGUAAUGAUGAAGUGAAACGUGGUGUUUUGCUGAUGCUUUUCGGUGGAGUUCCAAAGACUACCAUGGAGCGCACUUCUUUGCGUGGUGAUAUUAAUGUUUGCAUUGUUGGUGAUCCAAGCACAGCCAAGAGCCAAUUCCUUAAGCAUGUGGAAGAAUUCAGCCCUCGGGCUGUGUACACAAGUGGCAAGGCGAGCACUGCUGCAGGUCUGACAGCUGCGGUUGUAAGAGAUGAAGAAUCCCAUGAAUUUGUCAUAGAAGCUGGAGCAUUGAUGCUUGCUGAUAAUGGCGUUUGCUGCAUUGAUGAGUUUGAUAAAAUGGAUACAAGAGAUCAAGUGGCUAUUCACGAAGCCAUGGAGCAGCAGACCAUUUCCAUCACAAAAGCUGGAGUCAAAGCAACAUUGAAUGCCAGGACUUCUAUUUUGGCUGCAGCAAACCCAGUGGGUGGCCGGUAUGAUCGUUCAAAAUCUCUCAAACAAAACGUGAACCUCACAGCCCCAAUCAUGUCUCGAUUUGAUUUGUUCUUCAUUCUAGUUGAUGAAUGUAACGAGGUAACGGAUUACGCCAUUGCCAGGCGCAUAGUGGACCUUCAUUCUCGAAUACAGGAUUCUGUUGAUCGAAUCUACUCUUUAGAUGAUAUCAGGAGGUACCUGCUAUUUGCAAGGCAGUUCAAGCCUAAGAUCUCAAAGGAAUCGGAAGACUUCAUAGUGGAACAGUACAGACGACUCCGUCAGAGAGAUGGAUCUGGGGUAACCAAAUCAGCGUGGCGAAUCACAGUGCGUCAGCUGGAGAGUAUGAUUCGACUUUCUGAGUCCAUGGCUAGAAUGCAUUGCUGUGAUGAGGUACAGCCUAAGCAUGUUAAGGAAGCUUUCCGGCUGUUGAACAAAUCGAUUAUUCGAGUUGAGACUCCAGAUGUAAAUUUUGACCAAGAUGAUGAGGGAGUAGAAGACAUGGAACAGGAAGUCCAAGAAGGAAUAAAUGGUCACUCAGAUAUUCCAAAUGGGAUAAAUGGUGUCGAUGGUGUUCAUUCUGAAGACAGUAUCAAGGAGGAUAUCACAAAAUCCGCACUGCGGCUGUCCUUUGUAGAGUAUCGCAAGAUUUCAAAUCUUCUGGUCAUCCAUCUCCGGAAAUUAGAAGAAGAGGACGAUGAUGCUUCCCCAAAGAAGAGUGACCUUGUUAAUUGGUACUUGAAAGAAAUUGAAUCUGAAAUUGAAUCCGAAGAACAGCUCAUUAACAAAAAGAGGUUAAUUGAGAAAGUUAUUUACAGACUUAUUCACUAUGAUCAUAUCUUGAUUGAACUGAAACAAACUGGUCUUAAAAGCCGGAAGGGAGAAGGCGAUGAAGUUUUGGAACAGGAUCCUUACCUCGUGGUUAAUCCUAAUUAUACUUUGGAAGAUUAAGUACCAGAUGUUACAGCGGAUCAACAUGAGAUGUUAAAUAAAUCAAAUUUCUCUAAAGUAGAGGCCUUUCCAAAACUUGUGGCAUAAAACAAUUUUUUUAUAGCUCUUCAUUCUAUUCCAGUGUAAGAUAGUUUACAUUUGCCUCUUAAGAUACCAGUGUAAUCAGGCAACAAAUGGUGCCUGUUACAUUUUGUAAAAUGUUUGAUUUUUGAGCUUUUAUUUUAAAGCACAAUUGCGACUUAGGUUAAAGAUCAAACUACCAUAAUACAUAUUACAACUACUGCAGAAUGUUUGCUGAGUGUCUUUUGCAUAUUAACGGGCACAAUGUGCUGAUUUAUGUGAGAUAAAUAUGCAGGUAUUUUAGAUUUUGUAAGAGUGGUCUGCAUUUAUAUUAAAACCUAUAAAUCGUGGCAAGACAAGGUAUAAUUUUGCACUGUGUUUUGUUCCCAUGAUAUUAAUAAAGUAGAAGAUUACUUCAAACUGUGGAAUUCUGGGAACUGUUCAAAUAUUUCAAUCAACUUGUGACAUUGAAAUUGAAUGCUUAAAUAAAGUAAAUUAUAGCUACUCAGU